AUGGAUUGAUAAAAGAGAUUCUAUGCAUUACGAUAAAAGAAAUAUUCCUUAUAAAUUUAAAUUAUUAUAUCGUUCAAGUAGGGAUGGUUUUAAUACUGCUUCAUUUCAUAAGAAUUGUGACAAUAAAGGACCAACAAUUUGGAUUGCAAAAAUUCAAAAUUCAAACCAACUGAUUGGAGGUUAUAAUCCACUUGACUGGGGUGGGAAUUGUAAUUGGAAAAAUACUACAGAUAGUUUUCUAUUUAAUAUUUUAGAUAGUAAAAAUAAUUCUACUGCAAAGUUAGGUCCUAUUAAUAGUUCUGGAAGUUAUGCUAUUUGUUGCAAUAAUAAUCAU